AUGGGCCCUGCGGGCUGUGUCUUCCUGCUGCCCCUUCUGCUGGAGAUAACAGUGUGCGGACGACCUGUACACUCAAGCCGUGUUAUGGGUGGCGAGGCUGCCGCUGCCGGGCACUGGCCUUGGCAGGUCAGCCUGCACUUAGGCACGUCCCACAUCUGUGGGGGUUCCCUCAUCAGUGACAGGUGGAUACUGACAGCAGCACACUGCCUACACCUACACCGGAUUCCUUUCUUAUACACUGUAUGGCUGGGAUCAAUUGAUAUAGGCCAUUCAAAUACAGGUGUGAAGCACCAUGUGUUCCAAAUUGUCAUCCAUCCCAAAUACGACGACAUCACUGCAGACAUUGCCUUGUUGAGGCUGUUCUCUAAAGUGACCUUCAGUUCUUCCAUCCUGCCCAUUUGCUUGUCCAAUGUCAAAAAGCAGUUGACAAUUCCAGACUCUUGCUGGGUGACUGGAUGGGGAAAACUGGAAGAGGAAGAUUCUGAUUUCCCUACCACCCUCCAGGAAGCAGAAAUACCCAUCAUUGAACGCCAGUACUGCGAAAAAGUCUACAACCCGACGGGUUACCUAUUGCCAGAAACAGAAUGGGUCAUUCAGGAAGGCAUGAUUUGUGCUGGUGAUCUUGAGAAAAGAAAGGAUACUUGCCAGGGUGAUUCUGGAGGGCCUCUGUCAUGUCACAUUGAUGGUAUAUGGAUCCAGAUAGGACUGUCAAGCUGGGGAAUAGGAUGUGGUGAUUCUUUUCCUGGAGUCUACACCAAUGUGACCUACUACCAAAAAUGGAUUAUGUCCGUUAUCUCAAGAGCUGAGGUCUUGGGUGCCAACAAUUUGGACUUAUCUGACUUCUUGUUCCCUGCUGUACUGCCUUCUCUGGCUCUCCUGGGAUCCUCCUGCGCCUUUGGGCCUAACAUUUUACCAGGGGAAUAG